UCCAAGGAACAAAAACACAAUCAUGGGGAUGAUGAAAGGACCCAACAAAGAACUGAAUGUUCUGAAUGUUAUCUUCCAUCAUUCUCAAGUUAAUUUGUUUUAACAUACAUUGUUUAACAUUUUUGUUGUUUCCUUUGUUGUUGUAGUGCCUUUAAUGAGCUAUAUUCAAGCAGGCCAAAAAGGUAUAUAUCGAUCGCUUUUGUGAUUGCAAUGGUUUUAUUCCUGACACUGACUCAGAGAUCUACUGUGACACACACUCGACGCUCUUUACCCUCUGUGAAACUCAAUACACCCAUUAUGACACCCAUUGUAAACUGCAAUGAAAAAGCAGCAGUGGCAGCAGAUGCAGAAAUUUGCUCAAAAAUUGGAAGGGACAUUCUGGGACGCAACGGUUCAGCAGUGGAUGCUGCUAUCGCUGCUCUGCUGUGUGUGAGUGUGAUUAACCCACAGAGUAUGGGCAUCGGUGGAGGAAGCGUGUUCACCAUAUACAAUGCAAUAAACGGAACCGUGGAGAUAAUUAAUGCUCGAGAGACUGCCCCGAUGAGUGCUACAGCAAACAUGUUUGACAAUAACACCCAAAAAGAGAAUCCAGGAUUAUUAAUAGCUGUACCAGGAGAACUGCGUGGUUAUAAAAUGGCUCAUGAUAGGUACGGGAAACUCCCAUGGAAAGAUCUGUUUGAGCCCAGUAUAAAGCUGGCAUCGGAGGGAUUUAACAUUAGCAAAGGCCUGGCCUAUGCCAUCAAUAUGGAAGAAAGGAAAAUUCGGAAAAAUAUAGCAUUGCGUGAAGUGUUUUGCGACUCAGACAAUAAGCCCUUGAAGGAAAGCAAUUUUACCAGAUUUCCCAAGCUAGCUAAAACCUACCGGACAAUAGCAGAAGAAGGACCAGAUGCAUUUUACGAUGGGUCCCUGACUCAGAGUAUACUGGAUGAAAUCACAGUUGCUGGAGGAAACAUCACACGUGAAGACCUUAAGCGUUAUAAGCCAGAUCUGCAAAAGUAUGCAUUGAACUUUACAGUGGGGAAAUACAUAUUUUUUGCUCCUACUGCUCCAUUCGGUGGACCUGUGCUCGCUCUGAUAAUGAAAAUACUCCUGGGCAACGGUACAGCAGGUAGUAGCAAAUCACAUUUACUUCAUUAUUACUCAGGUUUCAACCUCUCAAACAAAAGUGUGUCCACACCAGAGAAUAUGACUUUGACCUAUCAUCGCAUCAUAGAGGCUUUCCGCUUUGCUAAUGCUCAGAAGGCAAAACUGGCAGACCCACUUCAUGAAAAAAACGUCACUGAGUUUGUUAAAUACAUGACCUCAGACAGCUUUGCGGACAACAUCAGGAAUAAGAUUAAAGAUGACAUCAAACAAACCAGCUAUGAUGAGCAGGGCAUUAAAAUUGUACCUGACGACCACGGUACAUCUCAUCUAUCAGUUAUCGCUAAAGACGGCAGUGCAGUGGCGGUGACCAGCAGCAUUAAUAACUUUUUCGGUUCAGGUGUGAUGUCAUGCUUAAGAGGUAUUAUAUUUAAUGAUCAGAUGUCGGAUUACACUAGUCCUGAAAUGAAAAAUGGACCUAAUGCAAUCAAACCAGGUAAAAGGCCACUUUCAUCAAUGUGUCCCACAAUAAUACUGGACAAAGACAGCAGAAAAGUGAGAAUGGUAGCUGGAGGUGCAGGAGGGACCAACAUCACCACAUCUGUUGCUCAGGUUAUCCUGGACCACCUGUACUUUGACUAUAACCUGCAGAAGGCUGUUGCAGAACCCAGAGUUCAGGUCCCACCCAAUGUGACAAAUGUGGAGGAGGGAUUUGAUUCGACAGUAAUGGGUUGGCUGUCGAGGAAGUAUCAUAAUAUUUCUCAGUAUACUUCAUUAACAAUGGUCCAGGUGGUUGAAAAGGAAGGGAGCCAAGUCUGUGCUGUAUCUGACACCAGGGAUGCUGUAUACUACAGGCCGAGCACUGCUUCUGUGAAAGGGCUGUCCAGUGACAGCUACAUAAUCAUUUGUUUGGGUGUUUUGUGGAUGCUAUUAAACGGGGCUUAAAAUUAACAUUUACCAUGCACAAAUGCGCCAUGGCAAGGUGGUAAGAUACAACAUGAUUUUUGUAUUAUUACUAAUUCUGACAUUAUAUAAAUCACAUAUUACCUAAUACACUGAAAAAAUUUAUUCAAA